AUGCAUCAAGUCAUGGCGGCUCUUGGUCUGGCGUUGCUUUUCUGCGCCGAAGCCGACCAGAAGACGGUACCAAGCCAGCUGCGCGUGGGAUCCUUCCUGUCCUCCCUGGCGCCCCAUGAGAUGACGGGGGAAGACUUCCGGCCGACCGCCACCCGUGAAUUCAUCGACUUGAUGAAGCAUAGCACGCCCUUUCUGAAUGGCGCUGAGAACGGCAUCGUCGGCGAUGUGGACAGCUGGGUGUUUUACAAUUGGCCCGAGGGCUUUGAGCUCAGCUUCCGCAGCGACGGGUAUCCCACGGCCCUGCCGAACUUCUCCAUGUGGAGCAGCCAGCGCCAGAGCUCGGUGAAGGCGACCAUUGGCUUGGGCGGCACCUACGUGGAAGACGGGGAAUACGUGGCGACCUGGCAGGGCAACGGCACCAUCUCUUGGGAGGGCGACGCGAAGCUGAUCAGCGAGGAGGACAACUCCGCCAGGGUCCUCGUGACGCCGCAAAGCGGAUGCAUCGUGGUACGACUCGUGGGUACGGAUGAAGCUGACCCACUGCAUGCUUUGACCUUGGUUCCUGUGGCAUAUGCUGAGAACGCGACGGCGCAGCUUUUUCACCCGCGCUUCUUGGAGAUUUUGAACGGCACAGCAGUCCUGCGGUUCUCCAGCUGGCAGAUGAUCGACGUAUGGGACACAGAUGAGUCCCUGGGACGCAGCUGGGAGAACCGAUCGCUGCCCAGCGACCAGACCCAAGCAGGCCCCAAGGGCGUGUGCGUGGAGCACAUGGUGGAGCUGGCCAACCGACUGCAGGCCUUGCCCUGGUUCUCGAUGCCCAAGGCACCCGAGACGGAGCCGGGCACCGUGGACCCCUACGCAUCCGCCUUCGCCACUUUGGUGAAUUCCUCCUUGGACCCGGGGCUGCGGGUCUACGUGGAGUAUCGCUCCUGCUGCCGGGCCGGCCUAGCGCCGGGCUGGGACUCACAGGAGAAUGCCGUACAGUCGCUGACGUUGUGGAACAGCUGGGAGGAAGCUGGCGUCAGUUCUGAUCGAGUGGUGAACGUCAUAUCCUCACUGCAGCAGCUGGACAAAUUCGGCAGUGAUGUGGGCAAAGUGGAGGCAGCCGCCAUUGAGGUGGCGUUCUCCGACGUGUGCAACGGGGGGGAAACUCCCUGCGUGGACUUUGAUGCGCUGGAGGCCAACGACACCUACGGAGCCAUGACUCCGGCGGAGCUGGUGGAGGCGGUGAUCCGGCCCGCCAUGCUCAAGAAGGAAGCGGCCAUCAACGAACGAGUGCAACAAGCGCUCCACUACGGCUUCGAGAUCAUCGCCUUCAAUGCCAUGCCGCUGAUUUCCGCGCGGGGCUACGGGCACCGGGGGAAUCUGAACUGGGCGGUGCAGUGCGAGUCUUGCCUCAUGGGUGAGCUGGGCCGGCGCUACGGCGCGCAGCGCCUUGGAUCGGCCAACGGAGCAGCAAGCUUUCUGGUCUUUCCGCUGUGGCGUUUCAGGUGUAAGGAAGACUUCGUGGCCUACUUCGCCUAUCAGGGCCUCAGUGAGGAGGAUCGCGUCCUCGACUCCGAGGGUAACUACUGGCUGCAGGGCACCCCAGCCGAGGCCAAGACCAAGUGCGCGAGCAUGACUGAUUGCGAUGGCUUCACCUACGUGAAGAGUGGGGAGUGGAGCUGUGGCGUGAACACGGGGCACCGCUAUGGCGACUGCGAUAUGCCGGGCACCGCGUACUUCUUCAACCGCACGCGGAUUGCACAGGGCGAGAGGCGGCCAUACCACCACUGCUCCGCCUUUACGAUCUUCGAUGAUCCUUGGAGUCAAUGCCUCCCCGGAAAAGUGGACAGCUACUUCCGGACGGAUGCGAAAAUUCCAGGCUUCGACACCUUGGCGGCGGCGGACGCGGCGGCCAAGGCCCAGUGCGUCGGCAAGUGCACUAUCGCAUAUACACCGGCGCCCUAUGACCCGCCUGUUUCAGGCUUCACACUGGAUGAGCUGCGUGCGGCGCUGCCGGCGGCCAUUGCUGCGUCCACCAGCGAGCAGCAGCUAGAGAACAACAUGAUCGCCGCCUUUCGGGAGCCCGUCAUGGAGGACUUGAUGUUGGAGUUCCUCGAGCGACUACGACAGAUCGGAUUCUCCACUGUGGUAGGUGGUCAGAUGGUGCGGCAGGUGAGGCAUUGCCGCACAGGAGGCAAAAGUUGCGGCCAAGCCUCCGUCAUGCUCCACUGGGACGAUGACGGCCCCAUCCGCUCCGCGCUCUCCGGGUACGUCCAAGGCCGCCGGGCCAGGGCGCCCGCGGCGGCCGCAGCGGCGGCGACUCCGUGCCCGCAGAGCUGCGUCUACGGCAUUUGCGAGCUGGGCUACUGCAAGUGCUGGAAGGGCGCCAGCGGCGCGGACUGCUCGCUGCUGGCGCCGGCGGCGUGCCACCGGGGCCGAAGCACGCUGGGCCUGUCGCUGUCGGGCGUCAGCUACUGGUCAAGGCAGUGGAUCUUCGUGGACGUCUUCAAGCAAGUGGGCGAGUGGAUCGCCAAUGAAUUCACCUCCUACACCUGGAGCACAGGGACAGAGCUGGAGCUACGCGGCGAUGGAUACCCGGCGCGGCUGAAGGUGAACCAAAAGGCGGAAGUGCUCACGAUUCGGGACAUCGAGCGCCACUACGUGGACGGCUGGUAUACCGUCCUCUACGACGGCGAGGGUAUUCUGGACUUCAGCAUGGAUGUGACCUGCGUUCACCGGGUGUCGCGGAACCACAUCCGGAUCCACGUCAACCUGACCACGGGCAUGAACAACGGCAUCGGCGUGCGCGUGGCCGAUACCAGGGAGGAUAAUCCCAUCAGGAACAUUCGGAUCAUCACGCCGGGAUUCGAGGAGGUCUACGCGACCUCCCCCUUCCACCCGGCCUUCCUGGCGAGCCUCGAGAACUUCACCGUGCUCAGGUUCAUGGAUUGGAUGCACGCCAACAGCGACAAGACCGCCUGGCAAUGGGAGAAUCGUCAGACCCCAGACGACUACUACACUCAGGGCUCUCACCCGGGCGUAGCUUUGGAGUACAUGGUCCGCCUCGCCAACGAGGUUGGGGCAGAGCCCUGGUUCAGCGUCCCCAUCAACUCCACGGACGACUACAUCCAGAACUUCAUGCAGCAGGUCUCCGAGACUCUUUGCGGCCGGACCUGGGGGUGUACCUGGAGCUGGGCAACGAGGCCUGGCACGGGAAGUUCUUCGGAGGGCAGUGGGCCCAGCAGCAGGGCGUGA